AAGCGCCGCCCCUUACAUAAAAGAAGGUACGAUCUACUACAAGUUAUAAAACCAGAAAACACCGUCUUACUAACAAGUAACAUAUUCCGUUUCAAAUAAAAAUCUAAAAACAUAUUCGGUCGGAUCUGUCCGGUUGGAUAAAUAGAAAUAUGGCAAAAGUUAACAGCUGUUUCAAAGGUUUGUUCGUUUUCUUCAACAUUCUGUUUGGGAUCGCGGGUGGUGUCCUGCUGACCCUGGGAAUACUGGCACACAGUUUUUACCAUGACCACGAAGAGUUCAGCAGCAUGUUCGUGGGAGUAGUUGUCCUGUAUCUCAUGGGAGGAAUCACCAUGGCCAUUUCAUUCCUUGGGGCGUACGGCGCGUUCAAAGAGAAAAAAUGGCCACUGAUUGUGUUUGCUGCAUCAAUGGCCCUGGGCUUCUGUGGACUUUUGCGGGCCGGAACUCUAGUGAUUAUUUUACGUCCAGAGGUGAAGUCAGAGACGGAGGAGCACUUCCGCGCCAUCCUGCCUCUGGAUGAAGCGGCCCCAGAAUUCAAACAAGUUGCUGAUAUGCUGCAGACCCAGUUGAAGUGCUGUGGACUCUUUAAUGGCUACCAAGACUGGAGGAGCAGCAUUCCAGAUUCCUGCCGGUGUUCCAGGUGGGAUUUGGAAUCUGAUAAGUGUGAGAGAGUGGAGGCAGCAAUGCGUUUUGACGAGGAACUAGACAGUGACUCACAGCAGCUGGUAUACAAGCAGCCUUGCUUUCCCAUUAUCGAGAAGUACAUGGACAGAUAUUUCAACAUGGCCACGGGAAUCAUCUUUGGAUUUGCUUUCCUGGCGCUGAUGGGAUUGAUUAUGUCAGUGGUUCUGAUCUGGUACAUCAAACGACGCGACCCUCCCGCACCCAUGAUCUUCAGCUUUAACCAGGAUCCACCCAAGUACACUCAGCUGUACAACCCCAGUUAAUCUAACCGCUGUCUCCGCUGGUCUCUCUGACCCGUUUCCACCUGCUCGUUUCAUGCCUCGUCAAUAUCCGGAUAAUAUCCCCGUAGCGAUUAUCCCCACACAAAUGCAGGUGCAUCCCCAUCGUGAUAAUCCCCACACAAAUGCAGGUGCAUCCCCAUCGUGAUUAUCCCCACACAAAUGCAGGUGCAUCCCCAUCGUGAUUAUCCCCACACAAAUGCAGGUGCAUCCCCACCGUGCAGGUGCAUAUGCACCCCAAGACGCAUUACGAACAGAUUCAAAUCCGAUCGGCCAAACCACUUCAAGACGUGGUGAGACACAAUCGAGACAGAUGUUAUAUAACUGUAAUUACAUCCGUGUCAAUGUCUCCAACAUGCAUAUGACAACCGAAACUACUCCCAAAGUAUAACGUCACGAGGAAGUGGGCUGUCAAUGUGGCUAGCCAGAGAUGCAUGUGACUACCAAGUGUAAAUGCAAUGUGGUUAAAUCGUAUACAGAUGCAGUCUAGAUACAAAUCACAUGAAACGACCAAGUGUAAAUGGGGUCUCUGACCCUGCACAAUUAGCUUUUAGAAAACAACUGUCACACCUUCACUGUUUUGUAAGCAUUAUUUCAAGACUAAUUUGCUGUCUCUCAUCUACCAAAGAUAAGAUGUACUUCUUGGCACUAAAUCAUUAAGAGUGAAUUUGAUAUAUUCUUUGAAUCUAAAUAUGUAACAAGCUGCAUAAUUUCUGGAGGAAAUUAUGCCAUAGUUGGCAGGGCUGGGGUCUUACAUUUAUGUCGGGAUUUACUUUUGAAUACUCAUUUCCUCGUACUUGGGUGUCAAUCUGUAAUCUUUCACAUUAAAAAUACCAUAUUUCAUCCCUUCUCCCAAAGCAAUAUUUCAGUGUGUUUGCAUUCUGAAAUUACUCCUCUGUUUGCGGUUUUCCACUGCUUUUGUUGCGCACAACAUUCCCGACAUGUAUUCCAAUUUGAUGACACAUGUACAGGAAUGCUGAAUGUGAAAGAGCAUUCUUUAAAUGGAGUUUGUGUGCAAGGCAUGUUACAUUACAUUACAUUAUUGGCAUUUGGCAGGUGCUCUUAUCUAGAGCGACGUACAGCAGAAUGCAAAGUGCAUACCCAUCACCUGGAACACGUGCGCUGAAAGACCCGAGAGGGAAGUACAAUUUCAAGUGCUAAGAGUACAACUAAGAUAAGGACUAGGGCCGAUUUGAUUAACAUGACAAUGGAUUAUAUGUAUAUCUGAAACUGUUUUUCUACAGCACAAAGUAAUGGAAUGAUACGGAUUGACAUUGACUUUUCGUUGAUCUGGACAUGUUUUGGGAUGUGAAUCACUUUGGCACAUUGAAUUGGAAGUGAAAUACAGGAGUUAACCCAGCCCCAGGGAAGAUGUGAUCUUACCGUUUUGAAGUUUGUAUGAAACAUAUGAAACCUAUGAAAUAUAUGUAAUGACUCUGAGAUUUCUUAUUAAAUACUUUUGUUACUCUC